AUGGAUCCACUCAGCGUUACAGCCAGCAUCAUCGCAGUUCUCCAGCUCUCGGGCAAGGUCCUCGAAUACCUAAACGACGUGAAGGAUGCUUCGAAAGAUCGCACGCAGUGUGCACUUGAAUUGUUGAACCUUUGCAGCCUGCUUUACAAACUCCGCGAUCAUAUUGAAACAGGAGCUCGUAGCCAGCCAUGGUGUACCGCCGUCGAAGCACUGGCAGUCCGAGAGGGACCACUUGACCAGUUCAAGCAGGCACUCGAAGCGCUGCAGACCAAGAUUAUAGACGGAGGCCCAUUGAAGAAAGUAGGCGAAGCGCUGGUGUGGAAGUUCAAGAAAGAGGAGAUUGCUGGCAUAUUGGAUCGAAUAGAACGUUUGAAGUCGCUCGUAGAGAUCGCGUUGCAGAUGGACCACUUCAAACUCUCGCAAUCCAUUAAAGAAGAUACCCACUUCGUUCGGACGCACGUACCUAUUAUUCAGUCGGGUGUAGAAGAGAUCAGGCAAGAUCAAGACGCCGCGAAGCACCGCAGGAUUCUGGAAUGGAUCUCUCCCUCAGACUACCCCGCACAACAAUCCGACAUUAUAGAUCGCAGACAGGAGGGAACAGGCCAAUGGUUUCUAGAUGCGCCUCAGGUGGCCACGUGGCUCAGUGAACACCAUGCAACACUCUUCUGCCCAGGUAUCCCGGGAGCUGGCAAGACCAUGGUAGCCGCCAUCGCGAUCGACCAUCUGUUGAAAUCAGUGCAGAGCAGCUCACAUGGAGUUGCCUACGUGUACUGCAACUAUAAGGCUCAGGAGGAGCAGGAUACUUCGAGGAUGUUGGCAGCUAUCCUUAAGCAACUGGUGCAGGCUCGACUGUCACUAGUGGAUCCUGUGGAACGGUUGCACAAACAGCAUGCUGACAGAGGGACCAGGCCAUCGCCUGAUGGGGUCUUCAGCGCACUCCGAGAUGUACUUGCACAUUACUCUACUGUCUAUAUUGUGGUCGAUGCUCUGGAUGAAUGUCUGGAUAGCGACGGCACUCGGCGCCAGUUUCUAGCCAAACUCCGCGAUCUUCAGGCAGGACGUGACAUUCGCCUAAUGGCCACCUCGCGUUUAAUUCCAGAGAUUGUGGACUGGUUCAACGAAGGGCUAAAGCUGGAGGUGCAGGCUAGUGAAGAGGAUGUGAAGCGAUUCGUGGCUGGCCAGAUAUGUCGACUGCCGAGGUGUAUUCAACGUGACCCUGCGCUACAGGAGGUUGCCCAGAAAAAGAUCGUAGAGGCGGUAGAUGGCAUGUUUCUUCUUGCUCGCCUCCACACUGAUUCGCUGCUAGACAAGAGAACUGCGAAGGACGUGAAGUCAACACUGGCUAAGCUCUCCAAAGGCUCGGCCGCACUCGAUGACGCAUACAAGGAGGCGAUCCAUCGCAUAGAGGAGAUCUGCUCUGCUCUGGCAGUAGAGUUGAAUGAGGUGGAGCUCGAUCCCGAGAACAUACCUGAUGUUGAGGACCUAUUAUCCGUGUGUGCUGGACUGGUCGUCGUUGACCAAGAAAGUGCUGUCAUCCGUCUUGUGCAUUACACUACCCAAGAAUACUUUGAACGUAUCCGAGAUGCAUGGAAUCCAAGCGCUCAACUACAUCUGGCCUCGACAUGUCUCACGUACCUAUCAUUUAGCGUAUUUAGAACUGGGAACUGCUCCUCUGACGAAGAAUUUGAAGAGAGACUUCAAGAAAGCCAAUUGUUAGAAUAUGCUGCCAAGCACUGGGGAGAGCAUGCGUUAACAGUAGAAGCAGAACAUGGACAUCACAGAAUGGUGAAACUACUGCUCGACAAGGGCGCCGACGUUAACGCCCAGGGUGGAGAGUACGGCAACGCACUCCAUGCGGCUUCAGUUGCAGGCCACGAGGCAAUAGUGAAGCUACUGCUCAAUAAGGGCGCCAACGUCAACGUUGAGUGCCCAAGGUUUAAGGCUGCGCACCCCAAACCUUAG